CAGUGACAAUGCUGCUCCUGAUCCUGCUGCCCGUGGCCUUUCUCCUGCCCCCCGGCGCUGGGGCUGGUGAGAUCGUCGGGGGUCAUGAAGCCCGGCCCCACUCCAGGCCCUACAUGGCCUUUCUGCACAUAAGUGGAGGAAGAGUCCGUACCUGCGGCGGGUUCCUGGUGGCAGAGAACUUUGUGCUGACGGCCGCUCACUGCCAGGGGCGAAAUAUCACAGUCGUCCUGGGAGCCCAAAACAUUAAAGAACAGGAACCCUGCCAGCAAGUGAGCCAGGUGAAACGGCAGAUCCCCCACCGGAGUUUCAACUGGGAGAAUGCAAACAAUGACAUCAUGCUGCUGCAGCUGGCUCGGCCCGCGAGACUGAACGCGUUUGUGAAGCCCGUCGGCCUGCCCCGCGCCGGGGUGACUGUGAGUCCUGGGACCGUGUGCAGUGUUGCUGGCUGGGGCCUCACGAACGCGCGGAAACUGUCCUCUGAGCCCAGCCGGCUCCAGGAGACGGUGGUGGAGGUGCUGAGUGAUCAGCUGUGCAUUGAGCGUAACUUCAACCCCGCGACCAUGCUGUGCGCGGGGAGGAGAGAGGAGGGCAGAAAUGUGGCAAAGGGCGACUCCGGCGGCCCCCUGACGUGCGGCGGCGUCGCCCAGGGCAUCGUCUCCUGGGGGCGUCCUCUCCCCCCUGCCAUGUAUACGAGAGUCUCCACUUACAGCCAAUGGAUCCAAGCGACCAUAAGGGAGCUGCAGGCCUGAGCCGAGCCAGAAGCAUUGAGGCUUUGCUUGUGGGCUUUGGAGAGGCCCUGAGGUUGGGGCCUGCUUUGCCGAGGGGCUCAGCCCCCCACGUCCUGGCCUGAGGCUCCUCCCCUUCCAGGUGGAGUCUCCUCCCCCAGCCAUGAUUCUCCCUGGGUAGCGCCCAUCCCAUCAGCACCAAGGCAGCAGAGUUAGGAGCCCGGUUCUUGGCCAGGCUAGGGCACAGCCGGAUCAGGGGCAGUUAGGAGCCAAACCCUGGUAGGGACCCAGUGGGUUCUUGCUCUCCCCGGUGUGAGUCCGUCGAGAGAUCCUCCCUGUAACGUCCACCUGCCGGUUCCUGCUGGAACCGCCCCCUGCCCUGUCCUCGAUUGGCCUUCCCCACGCACUGGCCCCUGGAGGAUCCACCCCCCAGAUCACAUAUCAGCUGAGACCCUCUCCUGCCCAGCUCUCUUGCCCUGCUGCAUUGCUCUGCCUGCUCCGUAGCCAGCAAGUAAU